AACCUGCCUGGGACAGGGAAGCUUCUCUCUUUGAAGGGCUUUACAUUUGUCACAGAGAAAGUAAAGAUGACGACUUCGUCUAUCAGACGGCAGAUGAAAAACAUCGUGAACAAUUACUCGGAAGCCGAAAUCAAAGUCCGGGAAGCCACCUCCAACGACCCGUGGGGCCCAUCCAGCUCCCUGAUGACGGAGGUCGCGGACCUGACCUACAACGUGGUGGCCUUCUCGGAGAUCAUGAGCAUGGUGUGGAAGCGGCUCAACGACCACGGCAAGAACUGGCGGCACGUGUACAAGGCGCUGACGCUGCUCGACUACCUCAUCAAGACGGGCUCGGAGCGCGUGGCCCAGCAGUGCCGCGAGAACAUCUUCGCCAUCCAGACGCUGAAGGACUUCCAGUACGUCGACCGCGAUGGCAAGGACCAGGGCGUCAACGUGCGCGAGAAGGCCAAGCAGCUGGUGGCCCUGCUGAAGGACGAGGAGCGGCUGAAGGCCGAGCGGGCGCAGGCGCUCAAGACCAAGGAGCGCAUGGCCCAGGUGGCCACCGGCAUGGGCAGCAGCCAGCUCACCUUUGGCCGGGGCUCCAGCCAGCCCAACCUGUCCACCAGCUACUCGGAGCAGGAGUACGGCAAGGCCGGGGGGUCGCCGGCCUCCUACCACGGCUCACCGGAGGCCUUGCUGUGUCCCCAGCACCGCACAGAGGCCCCACAGGGUCAGAGCAAGGAGCCACUGCUGCUGAGCCAGCGCCCGCCCUUCCUGCCCUGCCCACCCGUCCCGGGGCUGCCCUCCUGCUGCGCUGGAGCUGGGGCCCAGCCCUGCCUCACUUGGGCCCGUGGCCUGGCCUCCACCUCCCCACGGGUAUCCUCAGAGCUGGAGCAGGCGCGGCCGCAAACGAGCGGGGAAGAGGAGCUGCAGCUGCAGCUGGCGCUGGCCAUGAGCAGAGAGGUGGCUGAGCAGGAAGAGCGCCUCAGGCGGGGAGACGACCUCAGGUUGCAGAUGGCCUUGGAAGAAAGCCGCAGAGACACAGUUAAAUUUCCAAAAAAAAAAGAGCAUGGCUCCCACCCACAGCAGACCACGCUGUUGGACCUGAUGGACGCUCUGCCCAGCGCGGGCCCUGCUGCCCCGAAGGCGGAGCCCUGGGGCCCUUCCGCUUCAGCCAGCCAGACCAACCCCUGGGGUGCUCCGGCAGCCCCCGGCAGCACUUCGGACCCCUGGCCGUCAUUUGGUGCCAAGCCAGCCACCUCCGUCGACCCAUGGGGGGUGCCCACCGGAGCCGGCACACGCUCCGUCCCCAAGGGCUCCGACCCCUGGGCCGCCCCGCAGCAGCCAGCCCCCAGUGCCGGGAAAGCCGCUGAUCCCUGGGCCGCAGCAUCGGCCGCCAAGCCCGUGUCCCCCUCUGGGGCUUUUGAUCUCUUCAGUAAUUUGAAUGGUACAAUUAAAGAUGACUUUUCUGAAUUUGACAACCUCCGAACUUCAAAAAAAGCAGCCAAGGCGGCGUCUCCACCGGCCCAGAACAGUGGAACUACCAGCCCCGACCCCUUUGAGUCCCAGCCCCCGACCGUGGCCUCAAGCAAGCCCAGCGGCACCCGGAAAACCCCCGAGUCCUUCCUGGGCCCCAACGCAGCCCUGGUGAACCUGGACUCGCUGGUGACCAGGCCAGCCCCGCCGGCACAGUCCCUCAACCCCUUCCUGGCACCAGGUGCCGCCGCGGCCUCAGCCCCGGUCAACCCCUUCCAGGUGAACCAGCCGCAGCCGCUGACGCUGAACCAGCUGCGGGGGAGCCCGGUGCUGGGGAGCAGCGCGUCCUUCGGGCCCGGCCCGGCUGUGGAGCCCGUGGCUGUGGCCUCCGUGACGUCCGCAGCCUCCCACCCAGCCCUGGGGGCUGGCGGCUCCUCCCUGCCACCGCUGGGCCCCGCUGCGGUGAACAUGGUGGGCAGCCUGGGCGUCCCCCCGUCGGCAGCUCAGGCCACCGGCACAACCAACCCGCUCCUCCUCUAG